UUUUAUGCGAAUUUGUAUUUGUGAACUACACGCGUAUAAUUCUUGAUAUUUAGUAUGUUUAUUUUAACGACUGAACAUUUUCAACAAAAAAGAAAGUAGAAUGUAAAUAUAAGAAAUAGAUUUCAUAUUUUUACCUGGGGGUAUGACCUAUGUCGCUUCACGCCGGCAUACUUUUCAUGAAGCGCAUAGUAUGUCCUUUUUUAUUAUCAAAUAUUGUCGAUGGUAGGAGAAUUCAUUUAAGAAAUUAAAUUUCACUUUUGAAAAUACAUGAGGGCAUGAACUGCAUCGCUAAACACCAGCAUAUGAAAAGUGUGUUGGCGUGAAGUGAAACUGUUCAUGCCCUCGUGUAUUUUCGAAAUUUAAUUUUUGUAUAUAUUUACAUGUUAUUUUCUCUUUUUCUCUCGGAAUAUUCCCAGCAGUUAGAAUAGUACUAUAUCGAUCAAGAUUCAUACGCACAUCGUUCUCUUCACGAGGAAAUGGCUAUCAUUUCAUUUGGUAACGAUAUCGAAGGCAAAAUCAUUGGAAAUGAAUAUAUAAAAUUGUUACCCAAUCUGGCUUCCAUAGGACUACACGAGUGCAUAAUAUCAGACAGAUGAUGGCUUCGACACCCAAUCCAUCGGUUGCUGUGAUUGGAGGCGGGGUGUCUGGUUUAGUGUGUGCUAUUAGACUUGGCCAACUUGGCUUUUCUAAAGUGACAGUUUUUGACACAGGCAGGCGUGCGGCAGGAGGACGUUGCUCGAGUCGGAAGGUUACGAUCAAUGGGCGGCUUCACACGUUCGACCACUCAUGUCAGUACUUCACUGUCUCGGACAGAAGGUUUGCCAAGAUUGUCUCCUUCCUACACAACAAGAACGCAGUUAAAAUAUGGACAGGAAAGAUAGGGCAUCUGAAAUCCGGAAGGUUCCAGAAGGAUCUGAAUCUAACACAAGCCUUUAUCGGUACGGAUGGUAUGCAGACCAUUUCAGACUGUCUGGCUUUGAAUGCCGAUAUCCAGAGACCAGUCUGGGUUGGAGAUGUUUUCUGGGAGGAAGGCAGUCGGAAGUGGAAGGUCGACCGAUAUGGAUUUUAUGAUUAUUUGGUGAUAGCGCAUAAUGGAAAAUGUGCGGACAAAUUGAUGUCGGCUGCUGGUACUCCGGAAGUCCAUAGCCUUCUUCGUGUAAGGUUUAAUGACGUAUUAAACCCACGUGACCAACGGAUGCAUUUAUGUUCUUUAUGGGUCCUUCUCGUUGCUUUCGGAACCUCACUUAACUUACAGUAUGAUGGUGCUCAUGUUGAUCACGAAGACAUAUCUUGGAUAAGUAAUAAUACAUCUAAAUACCACACCAAUACAGAAAAUCGGUCAACUCAGAUGGACACAACGGAGUGUUGGACAAUUAUAAGCACCAAAUCGUUUGGAAAGGCCUUCAAAGUGCCCCAAGAGAACAUCCCCCCUCACACUGAAAAGUUGGUCAUAGAGAAGUUACUGCUUGCCUUUCGAGCUGCCACACGGAGACAGGAGCUGCCCGCCCCGUGUUAUACUAGAGUACAACUUUGGGGAGCGGCUGUUCCAAUCAACACCCUGGCCAGUAGGUCAGAUUGCGUGUUUGAUGCACGUCAUCAGUUGGGGGUGUGCGGCGAUUGGUUGUCCUCUCCUUGUAUACAGGGUGCGGCUAUCAGUGGAUUAUCAUUAGCUGAUAAAAUCCAGCAAUUUUGCACGGGACAAUCAAAGGUGAACACCAGUUUACAAUCGACAUUUACGGCUACAGCGACAAGUGCUAUCGGAAGCUUUCCAACAGACAAGUCUUUAAUAUUUUGUCCAAAAAGUUGACGAUUUAUUCUACAAUCAUGAUUAAAAGCAAUAAAAGUAUGAUUUA